AUGGGGAGAAAGAAGGGAUUGCCGGAGUUCGAAGAGACGGCGCCGGAUGGAUUCGAUCCAGCGCAUCCUUACAAGGAUCCGGUGGCGAUGAUGGAGAUGAGAGAGCACAUCGUCCGGGAGAAGUGGAUCCAAAUCGAGAAGGCGAAGAUCAUGCGCGAGAAGGUCAAAUGGUGUUACCGCGUGGAAGGCGUCAACCAUUACCAGAAAUGCCGUCAUCUCGUCCAGCAGUAUCUCGAUUCCACCCGCGGCGUCGGCUGGGGAAAAGACCACCGUCCUAUGUCGCUCCACGGUCCCAAGCCGGAGGCUGUUGAAGUUGAAGCUGAAGCUGAAUAA